AUGACAUCCAGCCACGAUCGCAACAAGGAAUGGCGCAGGAACAUUAAGGCCCAGCUUACCCAGGUCUUGAACCACUCUCUCGAUAACGGCGGCUUCCGGCCCGCGAGGUCCACUGAACGUGCUCAGUGGUUGAAAGACCACAUUGGCAUCAUGCAGCACAUCGUGGACUCCCAGCAAGCCGGCAUCGAUGCUCUCAUCGACUACCACAGCGGCACUGCGAUUAUUUACGAUAACUUGGACCAGCUGUGGGACAACCUUGGGAAUUCAGCUGAUACAGAUGCCACCAAGCAUUUUGCACUGCAGGCUACCCGUUACUACGCGAAGGAGAUUACUUCGCAGUGCCUCAAGCCUACGAGGCUCAUGGAGGAGUACAUUGGCACCCUCAAGGAGCAGCACAAGGAGAUAUCAGACACACAGACUGUCGCUGAUGACGAUGACAUGGAUGAGUAA